AUGGACAACUUACUUUUCAUCCGCUUUAGUCUUUGUCUUCCCGGCGUCUUCAACACUUUAUUCCUCUUUGUUGUCUGUCAAAGGAUCUUUCUUUCUUUCUUUCAUUCUACCAAAUUUAUAUUUUAUACGUCUUAUAUCGUUCAUUUUUGUCCCUUCUCUAAAAUUGUUUCUUUCUUUCUUUAUUUUCUCUUUCUUUCUUUCUACUAUAGUUCUACUUUAUAUUUCUUACAUCGUUCGUUUUUAUUUUCUUUAUUUUUCUUUCUUUCUUUCUUUUUUUCAUUUUCUUUUUCUUUCUUUCUACCAUCGUUUCUUUUUUUUUUUCUUCUAAAACUUUUUUCUUUUUUUAUUUCUUUUAUUUUUAUUUUUUUUCUUUCUUUCUUUUUUUUUUCUUUCUUUCUUUCUUCUUUAAAAAAAAUUUAUAUUUCUUAUAUCGUUCGUUUUUGCCCCUUCUCUAAAAAUUCAUUUCUUUCUUUCUUUCUGCAGGAUUUUCUUUCUUUCUUUCUUUUAAAAAAGAUUUUUUUUCCUUUUAUUCUUUUUAAAAUUUUAUUUUCAUUUUUCUUCCUUUUCUUUCUUUCUUUCUUUCUUUCUUUCUUUUUUUCUACUAUCUUUUCUACUUACAUACUUCUUAUAUCGUUUCAUUUUUCCUUCUUUAAAUUUCUUUCUUCUUUCUUUCUUUAUUUCUACCAUAGAAAUAAUAUCACUUCUUUCUUAAAUUUUCGUUUUUUUUUUAGAUUUUUUUUUUUUUCUUUCUUUCUUAUUUUCUUUCUUUUUCUUUCUUUUCUUUCUUUCUUUCUUUUUUUUUUCUAUUUUCUUCUACUUCUUUAUCGUUCAUUUUUUUUUUUUAAAUAUUCUUUCUUUCUUUUCUUUAUUUUUUCUUUUUUCUUUUUUUACUUUUUUUUCUUUUACAUUUUUUCUUUUAUUUCUUCAUUCUUUUUUUCUUUCUUUCUUUUUCUUUUUCUUUACCUUUCUUUUUAG